UUUACUAUUUCAAAUAUAUCCAAACAAUAGAGUCCUGCAAAAGAUAAAAAUCAAUGGGUAUUGGUAUUCUUUCCUUAGUGUUCAUGGUUUUAUGCAUACUUAUACCUUCUCCAAAAUUUUCCAUAGCAGUAGAUACUAUUAAAAUCUCCGAGUCCAUCACUAAUGGCAUGACCUUGGUUUCACAAGGUGAUAAAUUUGUACUUGGUUUCUUCAGUCCUAUGGAUUCCAACAAAAGUUACUUAGGAAUUUGGUACAAGAAUAUCCCAGAUAAAACAAUUGUUUGGGUUGCAAAUGGUGUCAAACCCAUCAACGGUUCCUCCUCCGGGAUCCUAACACUAAACAACACAGGCAACCUUGUCCUCGAACAAAAUGGCAAAGUAGUGUGGUAUACAACAUCUCAACAAGGUUCCCUGAAUCCAGUUGCGCAACUUUUGGAUUCAGGUAAUCUUGUUGUAAGAGACGAGAAUGAGACGAACCCAAAAGCCUAUCUGUGGCAGAGUUUUGACUACCCUUCUGAUACAAUACUUCCGAGGAUGAAGUUGGGUUGGAAUCUUAGAACUCAUACAGAGAGGAGAAUGACGUCUUGGAAAAGUCCCGAUGAUCCGUCACCAGGAAACUUAUAUUGGGGUUCAUUACUUUAUAAUUACCCUGAACAAUAUCUUAUGCAUGGAACAAAGAAAUUUGUAAGAAUUGGACCAUGGAAUGGAGUGCACUUUAGCGGUUUACCAGAUGAAAAGCCUAACAACAUUUAUGCUUUCAAUUUCGUGUCUAAUAAGGAUGAAAUGUAUUAUACUUAUACUCUGGUGAAUGAUUCUGUAAUUAUAAGUUUGGUAAUAAAUCAAACAACGAUGACGUCUUAUCGUUCCGUGUGGAUAGAAGAUCAACAAAUUUGGAGAGUAGUUAAAUCACUACCAAAAGACAGGUGUGACUUGUAUGGAAUCUGUGGAGCCUAUGGUACUUGCAUAAUCACAGCCUCACAGAUAUGCAAUUGUUUAUCAGGGUUUAGCCCUAAGUCUCCAACUGCUUGGAACUCGUCUGACUGGACUCAAGGAUGCGUCCGAAGUAAACCGUUAAACUGUACUAAUAAACUCAAGGAUGGAUUUUUGAAAGUGGAAGGUGUAAAAGUGCCAGAUUGUACACAUAGUUGGGUAGAUGAAACAAUAGGUCUAAAUGAAUGUAGAGCUAAGUGCUUGAAUAAUUGUUCUUGUAUGGCUUACACUAAUUUUAACGUAUCAGGAAAAGGUAGUGGUUGUGUCAUGUGGUUUGGUGAUUUAAUUGAUCUUAGGACGUUCGAAGAUGAAGGGCAGGAUCUCUAUAUUCGAAUGGAUGCUUCAGAAUUAGGCAGAGGUAACCAUUGCUCCAUUUUAUCAGAGCAUUCGGAAAUUAUUGAACUGGAAGGUGGAAGAGGUAGUGAAGAUGAAGGUGAUAUCGAUCUCCCACUGCUUGCAUAUUCAACUUUAGUCACUGCCACUGAUAACUUCUCCAUUAAGAACAAGAUUGGAGAAGGUGGUUUUGGACCUGUAUACAAGGGAAGAUUGGCAUGUGGGCGAGAAAUUGCUGCGAAGCGGCUUUCAAGUGACUCUGGACAAGGAAUUACUGAGUUAAAGAAUGAAGUAAAACUUAUUGCAAAACUUCAACACCGAAAUCUUGUUAAACUUCUUGGUUGUUGCAUCGAGGAAGAAAAUAGAGUGCUAGUUUAUGAAUUCAUGACUAACCGUAGCUUGAAUAUGUUGAUUUUUGAUGAUACUAAAAGGAAACUUCUAGAUUGGCCGAAGCGCUUCAACAUUAUUUGCGGAAUCGCUCGAGGUCUUCUUUACCUUCAUCAAGAUUCUAGAUUGAGGAUAAUUCAUAGAGACCUCAAACCAAGCAAUAUUUUGCUAGAUGACAUGCUGAACCCAAAAAUUUCAGAUUUUGGUAUAGCUAGAAUAUUUGGAUUAGAUCAAACACACGGAAAUACAAUGCGGGUGGUUGGAACUUAUGGCUACAUGGCACCAGAAUAUGCCGCAGAUGGACUUUUUUCUGUGAAGUCAGAUGUGUUUAGUUAUGGAAUUUUGAUGCUGGAGAUUAUAUGCGGAAAGAGAAGUAGAGGUUUUUAUAUCGACGACGAAUCUCCAAACCUUGCCACUCAUGCAUGGAGUUUAUGGAAAGAGGGAAGAGCUAUAGAACUAAUUGACAAAGGCAUAGAGGACUCUUGUGUUGAAUCAGAGGCAUUGCGUUGCAUUCAUGUGAGUCUCUUGUGUAUCCAACAAUUUCCAAAGGAUAGGCCUAAUAUGCCUUCGGUGGUUUUAAUGUUGGGGAGUGAUGGUGAAUUUUCUAAGCCAAAAGAACCUGGUUACUAUAUAAAGAAAGAUUCAUUUGUAGAAACUUCCAACUUGGGUCAAAGCGAAAAAAUCACAACCAAUGAUAUGACCAUCACCUUAUUAGAAGCCCGAUGAAAAUGGAUAACAAAAAAUAAGCUAGCUAAUAUCUUCAAUCACCUAACUAAUGUAUCACCAAUACUUCAGAUUGAAGACGUCUAUGGUGUCCGACACCGACAUG